AGGUGUACUUCAGUCAUCACAAAACCAGAGCUGUGUUUUCUUUUAUUCGCUCACAGUAUUUACAACUUCAGACUUUAGACCAUGAAAGCAUCACCGUCUGGUGCAAUCAAAUUAAAACCUAUGAGUGACAAACAGGCUGCAGAGUGUGUCAGUGCUGCAGCUGCUGUGUGAGCAUUAGGAGAGACUGAGACUGAGGAAGAGACUAAAUCCAAUCAUGUCGACACCAGGAAGAGCCAAGGAGCGAGCCCACACUGGGACCAACAGGUUCAUCAGUGGAGUAGUGGAAGGUUUUUAUGGGCGACCGUGGACUAUGGAGCAGAGAACAGAGCUGUUUAAACGAGAACAGAAGUGGGGUUUGAACACAUACCUGUACGCCCCCAAGGAUGACUACAAACACAGGAUGUACUGGAGGGACCUGUACUCCGCAGAGGAGGCAGAACAACUCGUCGCCCUGAUAUCAGCAGCUAAACAGCACGACGUGGAGUUCGUCUAUGCAAUCUCUCCAGGCCUGGACAUCACGUUCUCUAGCCCCAAAGACGUCGCCGCCCUGAAGAGGAAACUGGAUCAGGUGAAGCAGUUUGGCUGCAGGUCCUUCUCUUUACUCUUUGACGACAUCGACAGGGAGAUGUGUCCAGCUGAUAAGCAGGCCUUCAGCUCCUUCGCCCACGCUCAGGUGGCCAUCACUAAUGCGGUUUACCAGCACCUGGGAGACCCAGACACCUUCCUCUUCUGUCCGACAGAUUAUUGCGCUGCAUUCUGCACUCCCAGUGUGUCCCAGUCGUCUUACCUGCACACUGUGGGAGAGAAGCUGCUGCCGGGUAUCGACAUACUGUGGACUGGUCCCAAAGUGGUAUCCCACAAAAUCUCUGUGGAGUCCAUAGAAGAGGUGUCCUCCGUCCUGAAGAGGGCGCCAGUCAUCUGGGACAAUAUCCACGCAAACGACUACGACCCCCAAAGGAUUUUCCUAGGCCCCUUUAAGGAUCGUCCCACUGAGCUCAUUCCCAAACUGGGAGGAGUGCUCACCAAUCCCAACUGUGAGUUCUUCCCAAACUUUGUGGCCAUCCACACCUUGGCCACGUGGUGCAAAGCAACCGCUGAUGGAGGACAGAGGGAUGUGGAAAUGGGCGAUGAAGAGCAGGACGCUGGCUACAGCCCCCAGAAAGCCCUGAUCCUGGCCCUCACCGACUGGCUGCAGGAGUUUCAGAGCACCGAUCAACCUGGAGGCCCUCGUCGUCCUCCUGCUCGUCUCAAGAAGGAGUCGUCGGAUGAAGAGCCCAUGCAGACAGACGUGGGAGAGAGCUCCUACACUCCUGGACCUGGAGAGAACCCGCUGUACACAGCAGAGCCCCUGACCCUGGAGGACCUGAAGCUGCUGUCGGACCUCUUCUACCUGCCGUACGAAUACGGCCUGACUGCCAGGACCAUGCUGCAGGAGCUUGACUGGCUCAAGAACAACAGUUGGGCCGCCACUUCAGAGACAGACAAGACUGCGGAGUGGCGCUCAAGAGCGCAGCAGUUUGAUGACAUGUGCGAAGCGGUGGUGCAGAUGUUCAAUCGUCUGUCGAACGCCCCGAACCGCAGCAUCCUGUAUGACCUCUACAACUACAUAUGUGACAUCAAGAGCGGGGUCGGUCUGGCUCGAUCCUACGUGAAAACACUCGGAGGGCAGGGUCGACCCUCAGCCCAGCUGAUGAACGACGAACCUGAACCCUGGGACUUCAGAGGAGGCCUCUCUGGGGAGUUCCAGAGAAUGCUGCCUUGCCACGGAAACAGGGACCUGUUCAGACAUCCUCCCAUGACGGCGGUUUACAACAUACGGCCGCACUGCCCCGAGGACAAGUUGGAGGUUCAAAGGAUUUUCAGGGAGAUGCAGAGCGCAGGAGAGGGCAAAGUCCCCUUGAUGAUGCAGCCUCCGCUUAUUGGUGACAGCCUGUCAUCAGGUGAGAUCUCCCCGUCCCCUCAGUGUGCUCUCGUCCUGGAGGAUGACAUCGGGGUGUGUGGUUACGCCCUGGCACUCACCGACGCCAAACCAGCCGCAGCGAAGAUUCAGAGGGCAGUAAGUGAUCCAGUGUUGGAGGACUUCCCCUCCCUGGUUACCAUACAAGUGCUGCCCCGGGUCACUGAUCCCUCUCCAGCCAAGCGCAUGAUUGGUCGGCUGUUGUCCUCCAUCAGGAGCAGCGGUUCCAGAGGAGCGUUCUGUGAGUUGAGGCAGAGCGAUCGGAGGAUGCUCGACUUUUACACUAAACUGGGCUCCUUCAAACCCAUUCAAAUGGCCGGUCUACCUCAGGACAUCCUCGCCAUGGGAACAAGCCUGUGAACAAGAUGAAUCACAAGGAUUUUCCUCAGGUUUGAAAUGUUUUGGAGAUAAAACGGAAUAAUUGCUAACUUUGCAGCAUGUCAAACUGAAAUCCGUCGUUAUUUUUGAUCAGUUAUAUCAUUAUUUGUGAAAUUUAGUUUAGUGCCAACGUUCUCCUGCAAAGUUGUAACAUCAGUCAAUGAAAUGUUUAAUGAAAUGUGCGCAACAAAGUACUGUGUAGUGAUGAAAAGUGUAAUGCAAUAAUACUGAUUUUGUAGACAACAUUUUAAAUGUAUAAUGAUUAUUUUUUGGAUAAAUCUGUUUGUUUUAACAAAUGUUAACAUAAUGUUGCAUCUUCACGGUUGGUGGCAGACCCAUUAAAGACAAGGUACAAAACA